AUGGACGAGCCGUCCACAGACUCUCCAAACCCUUGGAUACUAGCGCUCAAGCGGAUCGCCAAACUCCUCCUGCACCAAUGGCUCCUGAUAGGCAUCGGGGUGGUCUGCGUACUGGCCUACUUCUUCCCAAACGUCGCCAAGCACGGCGGGACAAUCCGCUCAGAAUACAGCAUCAUGUACGGCGUGAUCGCGAUCAUCUUUUUGAUCUCCGGUCUGAGUAUUCCGCGCCAGAAACUCUUUUCCCAGUUCCUGAAUUGGCGGUUACACCUUGUGGUCCAGGUGAUCUCGUUCUUAUUCAUCCCUGCGCUGGUCUUGGCCGUCGUGCAUGUCAUUCUGGCUGGGGAUCCAACUGGCAAGAUUGAUCGCGCGGUGUUGGCUGGGUAUAUCUUUACCGCCUGCAUUCCGACGACGAUUGCGUCCAAUGUGGUGAUGACCCGUGCGGCUGGCGGUGACGAUGCCGCUGCGCUGGUCGAGGUGUUGAUUGCGAAUGUUCUGGGUCCGUUUGUGACGGCUGCGUGGACGGUGGUGUUGAUCCCGAAGACGGCAGAGUUUGAUCUGUGGAGGUUUGGGGGUGGAGGGCUGGGGAGCAUGUAUAAGGAUGUGUUUCAGCAGCUUGGGUUGAGUGUCUUGCUGCCUUUGUUUGUUGGACAGAUUGUUCGAUGGACUUGGCCGGAUCGGACGGCUUGGGUGUUGUUGAAGACCAAGUUGCCCAAGUGGGCGAGUGUCUGUAUGCUGCUAUUGAUCUGGUCGACCUUCUCUUCUUGCUUUGCAACAGGGGCCCUCCAAUCCCUCUCCGCCCAAAGCGUGAUUUUCGUAGUUCUCUUCAAUAUCGCCCUCUACAUCUUUCUCACCCUAGUCUGCUUCCUCGGCUCAAGACCACCCCGGAUUUUGAGCUCUCGGAAAUGGUCCGAGCCAAUGUUCAAGCGCAUGUCUCCCGAAGAAACCAUUGCCGUAUGUUUCUGCGGGCCAGCCAAGAGCACGGCGCUCGGUAUCCCGCUCCUCUAUGCUAUGUGGAAGCCAAUUGACCUAUACACGAAAUCCAAGACCUCGGUGCCAGUUCUGCUGUAUACAACGGAGCAGAUCUGUGUUGCGCAUUUCUUUGUGCAGCUCUUCCGGAGGUGGCAUGCGAGGCUUGCGGAGAAGGAGCAUGUCGAGUAUGCGGUUGACCCUGAGGCUGGGAUGACCGAAGUUGGUCAUGAAAAUCAUAUCACGCGUGAGAAUACGACUGUUUGA